AUGCAACGAAUGGGACAAGUCCCAGACCAAAAGAACUUGGCUUGGGAGGUCUUAUCAUGGAUGACAUGUGCCAAAAGACCUCUGACAACGACAGAGCUACUGAAUGCUCUUGCAGUAGAGUUUGAGGAAUCAAAGUUCUACAAGGAUAACCUUCCAAAUCUCGAAGACAUCAUUUCUGUGUGUGCAGGUUUGGCUGCAGUCUCAACUGAUGGCUCUGGCGAUAUUGUGCAGUUAGUCCACUACACCACACAGGAGUACUUUGAGCGGACGUGGACUCGCUGGUUCCCUGAUGCACACAGUAACAUUGCGACAACCUGCGUCACAUAUCUUUCCUUCGAUGUCUUCCAAUCAGGCUUUUGUCUCACUGACACCGAUUUCGAAUCACGGCUAAACGAAUACCCUUUCUAUUCUUAUGCUGCCACACACUGGGGCGACCAUGCUCGAGCGCAAGCCAUAGGUCAAGACCUAAUAAUGGCUUUUUUUCAAGAUUCGCUGAAAGUGAGCGCUUCUGUACAAGCGAUGUUUGCCCGGAAAACAUUCUCAAGCCUCGGCGAAUACAGCCUACGAGUUCCGCUAGGUUUUACUAGUUUCCAUCUUGCCGCAUACUUUAUGCUUGUUGAUACGAUGUGGCUUAUGAUUCAGUCGGGUUAUCCAUAUAUGGUGAAAUGCUCAAUGGAACGUACCUCCUUGGCAUGGGCAACGUACGCUGGUCACGUUGAGCCAAUCAAAGUCCUAUUGAGCCUCGGUAUGAGCCCAAUCGCCUACGACUACGAUGGCCAAAGCCCGAUAACAUUAGCGGCCUCAAUCGGCUGGGUGGACAUUGUGAGCCUCCUGCUAGAGCACGGUGCUCACAUAGAUUCUCAAGACAUUACUGGCCAGACUUGCCUCUCAUUGGCUGCACGAGAACGGGCAAACCCCUUAUCGUGGGCGGCUUCCAAUGGCUGGGUGGCAGUCGCUCGGCUCCUGCUGGAAAAGUCUGUUGACUUAGAUUCAAAGGAUAUGUUCGGUCGCACUCCACUAUCUUGGGCUGCAGAGAGUGGUCACAUCGAUAUGCUUACUCUCUUGAUCCAAAGAGGCGCCCAGCCAAAUUCCAAAGAUACAGAAGGCCGAACUCCUCUAUUCUGGGCACCACAUUACGGCCACGAAAGAGCGGUCCAGCUGCUUCAUUGGAGACAUGGCAAUCAAAUCACGCAGGCCCCCAUUUCGGAUAAUAUUGACAGCAUGAUGCACGACACUGCUGAGAAGUCUAUGCAUCGGAAUCAGUUUGACAGUUCGUCGCGUAUGAUAUCGACAAGGCGCAGGGCAACUCUGCACCGGCACAGUGCCACAGGCCAAACUCAAUUCCGUUGUCCGCUCUGCCUAUGCGGGAACCUGUGGACAACACAUAGCAUUGGUACAUUCAAGCGACAUGUGAUCAAUCGACACUACGCUCGGCAUUUAUAUUGA